CCAGCUAAUUGUCUCUUUCUGUCCAUUAAGCCAGUGCAUCAUUUAGCCACCUCUGGAGCUUUGUGGGCAACGGUACCAGGCCUGAAGAUGCCAAGGAUCUGGUGCCUUUUGCUCCUUGGUGGCUGGCUGGCAGUGUCACAAAGCGCCGGUGGCCCGGGGGCCGUCCUCAGGAUGGAUAUUGGGACAAUCGACCGUGGUAAGUGCUCAGCCACAUGGGCACGUCUGUCUGUCUGUCCGUCCGUGCAGCCAGGGCUGCCUCCAGCCUGUGCCAUGGGCCCUGUCUCCUCCUUGGAGGUUCUGUGCUGAGCCCCUUGUCUUGUGCAAAUUUUCCAGCGGUCUCCACUGCGCUGAAUGAGAGCAAUGUUCUUCAGAAGCUGGUGCAGGAAGCAACAAAAAAAAAGUCGAACAUGAAACCCAUCAAAGGCAUCUCCAGGCUGAAGGUGACAGACCUCCGUCCCCCGGAGAUAUCGCUGACACUCUCGCCAGGCGUGGGGCUGUUCAUGGCCGUGCUGGUCCGGAUGACCAUCGCUGGGAGAAGCUUUAUAGGAGGAAACAUGGAAAUCAAGGUGGCAGCAAACCUGACCGCCAGCGCGCGGCUGGCGCAGGACCCCCAGGGCUGCCCGUGGUUCAGCACCAAGAGCUGCCGCAUCGCCCUGCUCAGCGCCAAAACCAAUCUGCCCAGCAACAUGCUGCCCCAAGUCGUGAGCAAGUUUCUGGACAGCAGCCUUCAGAAAGUGCUGCCCAGCCUGCUGUGUCCGGCCGUGGACGCGGUGCUCAACCUCAUGAAUGCAAAAUUCACCACCAUGACUUCCACAAUCCCUCUCGGCACUGCUGGCACCCUCCGAUACGCAUUGCUGAACCCACCUGUGACGAGUGAAGCUUUCAUACAGCUGGAUUUGAGGACCAUCCUCCACAAAAAAGAGGGAGAGGAGGUGGACCUUCCAGCAGAUCAGCCGUCUCCUACUUCCCUGCCACCAAAGAGGGAGGCUGCUACCCAGCUCAUCCUGUCUGCAGGCUUCUUGGGUGCUGAGCUCUCUGUUAUGCAGGCGUCCUUCAGCCUGAACAUCAGCAAUAACAUGAUCCUUGGGCUUCCCCCGCUGGUGACCACGACGCUUGGAGCCCUCAUCCCAGAGCUUUCCAUGGUGCUGCCUCCAUCACAGCCACUGGUGAUUGAAAUGAGGGAAGCAAAUCCACCGCUGGUGACAAUAACCCCGAACAAAACCAUCGUGCACCUCUUCAGCACUGCCGAGUUUUGGGUUUCCAGCCCGGAUUCCGAUCUUGGAUCUCUCUUUGUCCUGGAUGUGCACUCCGACCUGGGAGCACAGUUUGCAGUUGAGGAAGAGAGGCUGCAGCUCUCCCUUGCUCUGGACAGCUUGUCCCAGGUGGCCUUGGUGUCCUCCUCCAUCGGCACAUUUGAUGAGCUGCCGCUGAACAGAGUUCUCGCAGACAUUAUUCAUGUGGCCUACGUGCCAUCCAUCAACAGGGCGCUGCGAGGAGGGGUCCCGCUGCCCCCGCUGCUGGGCACCCAAUACCGGUGGGCAGAGGUCAGCCAGCUGCAGAACGGGCUCGUGCUGGAUGUGCCUGUCACGGAGAUCUGACGCACGGGGAGGGACGGCUGCACCCGGCUGCUGCUGCGCGACUGAGCCAGAGCGGGGGGCAGAGGGAACGGCGAGGGUGGUGGCUUUCCUGGGGCGCUUCUUCCUCUUUGCUUGACUUCUCAACAUUUUCCCUCCUGAGCUAAAAUUAAAAGAGCGGAUCACACAGUGACGGGACUCUGGCCUGCUGUGCAUUCAGUGCAGCCAGCCGGGCACGUCUUCGCUGAGGUCGCAUUUCUGCAAAGAGCUGGCCCCUGAAUUGAUCACGUCUGUAACAAAAAUGGCACAGGCAUUGGGGCAAUGGGGGGCUGCAGAACCCACAUCUCCCCUGGGAGGGGGGCAAGAAGGGUUCCCAGGGGUGUAUACCCCUGCUGUGACAGGAGGGGUUCGUGUCUGCAGCCGCAUGCAUGGGGUUGCGCAUUUUGGAACUAGUCAGGGAAGCACGUUUAGAUAUCUCCCGGUGUUUUUUAAUAUUUCAGAAGUGCCUCGUAUCAUGGUUUAUUGGCUGCAUUGCAGAUAUUGAUCCCAAGCAUAUAGUUCACUGAUUGCUGGAUAAUUACGUGUCAUUAGUAUGCCAAUAAACAGCUUUGAUCCUCAUUUCAUUGAACCAACGUGAAUCGAACAUUUUUUCCUGGUGACAGGUAGCUGGUGUAGAAUUAAGGUUAUCUUUGAAAAGAUCAUUGUGGUUUUAAGAAAUUGUCCUCAAGAAAAUCUCACUGUGAGGCAGGCUAUGAAAACCCCAUUUGUUUUCUUGUGUGUGCUGCCAGACACAGCAGGCGUUUGCUCUGUACUGCUCGUAAGGAAUUGUCUUUGUGAGAGGCUCUAAGCAAUGAGGAGAGCAGUCAUAAAGCCAGCUCCCUGUGAGGACUGGUGUUUAUGAUGCCUUCCCUCCUCAUUGCCGUGCAAGCACUGCCAAUGCCAAGCAUUUUUAAAAAAGAUUUUCCUCAUUGUUCUUGCUUUAGCUAAUAAAGAAUUGAACAGUUUGGGUUGGAGCUCCUCUGAGAAGGAGAAAUAAGAAUCACAAUAUCUGUAUGCAGCCCUCCUAGGAGAAACAAAAGCUGGAAAUCUCAGGUGGUGCCUAUUUAAUUUUUCAUGAAACACUUAACCACGCUGCCAAGCCGUGCUAUCACAUAGCUGGCAUUUAAUGCCCCGGGACAGCUGCUCGAGGCACAGCUUUUGGAUGCACGCAGAGGCCAGCACCACGUGCCGGGGCUGUAGGGACCCCAGCCCUGGUCCCCCAACAGGGCCUUGUGUGGUCGCUGCUGUUGGUACGGGGAAGCAGAACCCAGGGGGCUGCUUCCUGAAGCAGAGCUCUCCAUUUUGUGUUGCUGCUGUGGCCAGAAGGGUGAAGGUGUGAGGGGGGGGCCUGCCUCUUGCCCUGGCAGCCAGGGGUGCCCCACGUGCGAGGCCCCACACCCCCAGCUCCAAUUGUCGCUCCCAGAGCAGAUGCAGUCCCAAUAGCCAAUUCACCAAUAAUCAAUCAUUAUUUCACCCAUGCUCAGGAAUUGUCUACCCCUCUUGUUAAUGCCAAGAUCUCUAAUCCUUCUUGGUGCUGUGUCCCUGGUACAGCCUGUCCUUACGUCUCAAUUCCUUGGUGAUUCAACUGUCAAAGACGUAGCUGCUCUCGUUGCUCCCAUUCUUCUUUUGAACAAGCCCGUUCUGAUGCAGUCUGUGUGUCUUCACGCGCUGAUUUGGCCUCGGGUUCUUUGGGCUUUCCAAGUUGCUUUAGUGAGAGCUGGACCUUGAGCCGUGAUUCUCUUUAUGGGAAUCUGCUUUGGUUUAUCUGAAAUAUUUGGUUGUCAGAGACCUCUUCAUUCAGUGACAGCGGGUGAGAAGCCAAGUUACAGUCAUGCCUAAAAGGUCACUGCUCAGGAGCUAUUCUCUGCAGUGCCAAAAUGCCCCGUUACUGUGUGCCGACCAUCAGCAGGGCUUUCUUUAUGGUCAGUCAGGUUUCGUAUAGUGAUUGAUUGCCCAAAGGAUGAAGUGGUUCAGGAGGGAUGAUAACAUAAUACCAUCUUGUUAACACCCUCUUCCAUCUUAUCAAAUGCCACGAUCUAGCAGUGACAGCAAAGCUUUGUGCUCCGGGGGUGCCUGACUGAUCAGGUUGCAGGAGAGUGACAACUCCGUAAGUACUUUGGCACCUUUGUCAUCCCUUCCUUGGCCUUCAGCUAAGAUAUUUUUUAAAGCUGGAAUUAAUGUGUGACAAAAGCUGGCUAAUCUCCUGGAAAUACUUAUUUCCAAGUUUGCAGAAAGUAUUAACUCCGAGCAAGCAUUUUUCUGGGCUAUUAUUCCUCCGAGCUGGGGAGCAGCCCAUCUACCCCUGCCAUUAAUCAUCAUGACAGCAGAGUGAAUAGUUCACAGCUGCCCCCUUGGCUGGCCAUC